AUGACAUGCAUAACACGGGGCAUCAACCAUUCCGGCAAAGUUUUGCAUGUUCUGUAUGCAAACGUACAGAUAGAACUGAAGGUCUGCAGGCAUCGAGACACAAGAAAAAAAGAAGUAAAGUUAAUGACCUUCAAGAAUGCCCCUAUUGUCGUGCUUUGGUAUGGGAACAAGAGAAAAAAAGGCAGUAGAGGCAGCAACAGAACUCCCCUUUUCAGUAUAUGUUGUCAGCAAGGUCGUGUGAAGCUACCACCCGAACCACAUCCUCCUCAUUCAUUACCAUCACUACUCUCCAGUUCUGCCCACUUCCAGCACAACAUCCGCACGUACAACUCGAUCCUUGCAUUCACGUCUAUGGGAGCCAAAUUAGAUUCAAAAGUGAUGCACAAGGCUGGACCGUUCACUUUAAGGAUACACGGUCAGAAUGCCCACAAGAUAGGAUCAUUGGUACCAGAAGCUGGAAAACCACCAAAGUUCAGCCAACUCUACAUCUCUGAUACAACAAAUGAGGUUAAGAAUAGGAUAGCUACAGUAAAAAAAACAACAAAAGCAGGAGAACUUGAUCCUGAUAUUGUUAAACAGCUGAUUGAAACAAUGGAUGCCAACAAUUGUUUGGCCAAAAUUUUCAGAAAGGCUAGAGAUGCUCACGAACACAGCAACUGCCCAGAGUUCAGAAUAAGAUUGAUAGGUCAACCAAAACGAGGCCGUCAAUAUGAUAUGCCUACAACUGAUGAGAUAGCUGGUUUAAUUGUUGGAGACUUUUCAGAGCAUAUGGGAGAUAGGGAUAUCAUUGUUCACCAUAAAUCAGCUGGACUGCAACAUAUAAGUGAUAUGCAUCCACUCUACAUGACACUGCAGUACCCUCUUUUGUUUCCUUAUGGCCAAUCAGGGUUUCACGAGAACAUCCAAGUUGUCAACAUUGAUGGAUCCACUCGGCAAAGGUCUUACAUCACGAAGAGAGAGUACUUCGCUUACCAGCUUCAAACUCGCUUGGAAGAGGGCAUGACAAUUGUCACCUCAAAGCUCAUUAAAGGAGACACAGAUGCCAAGUCUAUAGGGAAAAGAGUUAUAUUACCUGCUUCUUACACAGGAAGUCCGCGUUACAUGGCUGAGAAAUACCAUGAUGCAAUGGCUAUAUGCCGGUGGUAUGAGGUCUACACCAUCGAAUUUCAAAAGCGAGGCUUGCCACAUGCUCAUAUACUACUCUGGCUAGAAGGUGAUUUUAAGAAUCCCACCAGUGCUGAUAUAGAUAACAUAAUCUCGGCGGAAUUGCCAGAUAAAGAAACAGAUCCGGAAGCUUACUGUUUGGUGGAGCAACACAUGAUGCAUGGUCCAUGUGGGAAAGAUAGACCAAGUUCUCCUUGCAUGGACAAUGGUGUGUGUACCAAGAAAUUUCCUCGGAGCUACGUUCCUCACACUCAAAUCAAUGACUCUGGUUACGUUCUGUACCGGUGGAGGCAAACUGAUCAAGUGGUCAAAAAGAAAUACAAGGCGCAUGUUAAUGUCGAAUGGUGCAAUAAGUCAACCGCGAUUAAAUACCUAUUCAAGUACAUUACUAAAGGCAUGGAUAGAGCAACGUUUGUGUUUCAAAAAGAUGGAGAUCAGAUUCCUAGCGACCAAGCAAGCACCUCACAAAAACCAAUAAACGAAAUAGACAAUUACUUGGAAGGUCGGUACUUGUCUGCUUGUGAAUCUAUGUGGAGAACUUUUAAGUUUGAUAUUCAUCAUAACAGCCCAGCAGUUCAGAAGUUUCCUGUCCAUUUACCUGAUGAACAAACAGCAGUUUACGACGAGGAUGAGGACCUAGAAGACGUGGAACGCCGAUAUACACAUGGGAGAACAAUGCUUACUGAAUGGUUUGAGAUGAACAGACUGUACGAAGAGGCCAGACAGUUGAACUACAUCCAAAUGCUUACCAUGUUUGUCUGGGAUAACUCAAACAAGCUUUACUCUAAACGGAAGAAAAAAGGAACAAUUGGCAGACUUGUGAAUAUCCAUCCCAAUGCUGGUGAUCGAUAUUACCUUAGGAUCUUGGUGAGCAUCGUAAAAGGACCUACAGGCUAUGAUGAUUUAUACACUGUUGGUGACACAAAACAUGAAUCAUUCCAAGCUGCCUGCUUAGCCAGGGGAUCGCUCGAUGUAGACAAAGAAUGGCAGGAUGCAAUGACUGAAGCAAAUCAAUGGUCUUCACCUAGCUGUCUUUGCCGGCUCUUUGUAUUGAUUCUGGUUUUCUGUUGCAUCUCAGACCCACAAAAGCUUUGGAUCAACACAUGGCAGUAUAUGUCCGAAGAUGUUUUAAGCCACCAGCGAAGGAUCCUCCGAUUCCCACAGCUUGAACUCGGUCCACAUGAACUCCAGCAGUAUACUCUGAUCGAAAUAGAGUCUCUCCUACAAAACCAUGACACAUCACUUACUGAGUUCAAGGGAAUGCCUCUUCCGAGCUAA